GGCGAGUCUGCCCUCUAGCGGCGGCUCAGUAGCCAUCAUAAUUUUAUAGAUCAUCUUUCCUCAUUGUCCUGUGGGUUCCCGCCGCUGAUUUUCAACUGAGUUUUUGUGCAGGGUUCUGGGUUAGUCGAGAAAAGGGAAAGGGACUUGUCUUCUUUCCUACUCAGUCUCUUCAAGAUACUGAGUCAUUAAACUUCCGCCCAAUAAGUCACAGGGGUUUUGGCGUACUCAGGUCUCCUCAGGCAAGCCAGUCCUCCAUCAGCGCAGGGAUAUCGACAGACUCAAGUUGUGAACUCACAUGGGAAAGAUGGAUAGGCAGUAAAUAAGACAUCAACUUCAGAGGUACAUGUUGAUUUCGUUAUGACAAGCUGCUGUGCAGAAGAUGUCCACGCUGUCAGUGACUGAUAUCCCAGAUGUUGGUCAUGAUGAGAGUAAGGUGUUUGACGGGGCCUCUGAGCUGCAGCUGGACUGCAUGGUUGAGGAGAGCAGUGGAAGCAGUACGAUGAAGCAUGACGGGUUGCUGUCGCUGGCUGACCUCUCCCACCCAGAUGACUUCCCCGUCCCCCCUCAUAAUGGCCCUUCGCUGACUGAGAUGAGCAGCCCUCUGCCAAUAGACCCAAGUGACAUUAAGGUGGAUCCAGCUGCAGGUGACACGUCUACCAGCGCGGAUGGUCAGCCAGUGAAGAGAAAGAAGGGUCCUGCACCAAAGAUGCUUGGCAAUGAGGUGUGCAGUGUGUGUGGUGACAAGGCCUCUGGUUUCCACUACAAUGUGCUGAGCUGUGAGGGCUGCAAGGGCUUCUUUCGACGCAGCGUCAUUAAAAGUGCCCAGUACUCCUGCAAGAACAACGGCCACUGUGAAAUGGACAUGUACAUGCGCCGCAAGUGCCAGCAGUGCCGCCUGCGCAAGUGCCGGGAGGCGGGCAUGCUGGAGCAGUGUGUGCUCUCCGAGGAACAAAUCAGACUAAAGAAGAUGAAGAAGCAGCACGAGGAGGAAACGGCUCGCACGUCCACAGAGGUCACCCCCACCCCUCUGCAGGAAGUGGCCGCGCUGGAUCCACAGCAGCAAGAGAUGAUUGAGAAGCUGGUGGCCAUGCAAAAGCAGUGCAACAAGAGGUCUUUCCUUGAAAGACCAAAAGUGACACCGUGGCCGCAGAGUCAGGACCUGCAGAAUCGAGAAGUGCGUCAGCAGCGGUUCGCCCACUUCACUGAGCUAGCAAUCAUGUCGGUCCAGGAGAUUGUGGAUUUCGCUAAGCAGCUUCCUGGUUUCUUGGAGCUCACAAGAGAGGACCAGAUUGCUCUGCUCAAGACGUCUACCAUUGAGAUUAUGCUGCUCGAGACAUCACGGCGGUACAAUCCUGCUAUUGACAGCAUUACAUUUCUGAAGGACUUCAGCUAUAAUAAGGAGGAUUUUGCCAAAGCAGGGCUUCAGAUUGAGUUCAUUAACCCAAUCUUUGAGUUCUCGAAAGGAAUGAACGACCUGCAUCUGGACGAGGCCGAAUAUGCCCUUCUCAUCGCCAUCAACAUCUUUUCUGCAGAUCGGCCAAAUGUGCAAGAUCACGAUCUGGUGGAGAGGCUGCAGCAACCCUAUGUGGACGCACUGCGCUCUUACAUCAUGAUAAAGAGACCAAAUGAUCACUUGAUGUUUCCCCGUAUGCUGAUGAAGCUGGUGAGCCUUCGUACACUAAGUAGCGUCCACUCCGAGCAGGUUUUUGCCCUUCGCCUCCAGGACAAGAAGCUUCCCCCGCUGCUCUCCGAAAUCUGGGACGUCAAUGAGUGACUGAAAGCCUGAUGCCACACCGUGGCUUUGUUUGUGAAGCCUGAGACAGACAUGGCAUCUGGAACACUGACUCCUUUCUGCCCAUCUGGUCAGGGAUUGGUUUUAGCAUUGAGGAUUUGUUUUUCGGUGGGAGGAGAGCAACAUUGCCUUUUGCUCUCCGACAGACUGCUAAAUGAUUUGUGUUGAAAAGAAGAAACGUGAGCACCCAAUUCUCUUUGAGCAUUUUGUCGUUGUUCUUUUUGUGUAGAUGCUGACGUGAUUAUGGCGAUGUUUAAUACCAGCAUCAGGCUCUUUAGCCAGAUAUCUCUGAUUUAAUAUUUGUUGAAAGUUAUAUCAAAUCUCUAGAGCAGUUCUAUACUCAUCCUCUAAGAAUUACUGUUAGAAAUCUCUGAGCAGGUCUUGGCUAUGGCUGUCUCAAACAUCAGGAUUACAGCUGCACGUUUGCCGUCGUGCAAUAGGUUGAAAUGGAUACAGAAUGAAGCAUGAGCAGACCCCUUCCUGCUGUUCACUUUAUUGAUGUUAGGCUAAAACGGUAGGCCAUCUGGUUGGGGUUGUGCAUUGUCAAAUGGCAACAAAUAGUUUGUGUUACUUUUGGGGUAAGUGCAGAAAUCAAAAGUUCAGUGUAGUCACUCAGGUAAAGUAAUGUGAAGUAGACCUCUGCAGAUUGGAGGCUUCUUUAAUUUCUGUUAGAUUACUUUUUCUUCCAAGUGCAUAAGGGACCCUUUUGGUCAUUUAUAGAUGCCCAUUAACUUUGGUGUAAAUUGUAUAUUUAUUUUCACAAUAAAAUUGUAUAGAAUGCACACAUGAAAAGUAUCCACAAGAUUGUACAAUCACAUACUAACGCACAAGAAAGUAAACCUCUACCCUCUGCAGGUGGCUAGCAAACGGUGUCCUCCUUGGCAGGAAAUGUUGUGACUAAAUUCUUUUUUUUUUUUUUUUUUUUUUUUUUUUUUUGUAAACAUAUAAAUAUAUAUAUUCCCAGAGCACUGGUACCUUGAAAUAGGUGGUACUAACAUGUCUUUAAAUUCCACGAAAAGUUUAAAUGGGAAAAAGGAAGUCAAAUAAUCAUCUCUGUGACCCUGCAAAUAAAACCCCUUCCUGACAAAGUUGUAUUCUCAAAUCACAAAAGGAAAGGACUGCCUCUGUUAACAACUUACUCGUCCUUGUGUGUGUGUGUGUGAGAUGUACUUUUAUUCAUUUCAUUACAGAGCAGUACAGUUAUUUUCAUAUUGAUUGUUUUGUAACACAAGCGUUUAAACGUGGGCGAAACAUAUAAGCAAAACAAACGUAGUUUGAACAGGAUGUAGAGCAUUUCACAGCCUUUUAUUUUUGAUAAUGUUCUGAAUGAAUGAUACUGAGGAAAACAUACAGCUGAAGAUCCAGUGGAAAACGAGUUUAAUCUAAAGGUCUACCAGAGUCUUGAGUAUCUUCCUUGAAUGGGUACUCGCCGCUCAACAGCUUUAACUGGUCAGAAAGUCUCACUAAAAUCUGUACCAAAACCUUUUUAUUAACAGUGAGCAGAGAACAACAGGAAGAGAGUAGAAGCGUUGAAAAUUUAAGUUAAUUAACUACAGAAAUUUAGAUGUUUAUGUUCAUGCUGUGUUUUCCAUACAUUCUCCUGUGCUGUGUAAACUUGAAACGCAUUAUGGAUGCUAAAGGAAUGUCAAUGCAAAUUCACAAUUGUGAAGUUUAUUCUGUCUUCAUACUCUCAUACGGUUGAAAACUGGACAAAAUAAUGCAAGUCAUUGCAGCCUGGUUUUGUAAUGACAGUGGCAGUUAAAUUCAGGCAUUAAACAUUACUUUAAUGCUUUUCUUUAUUUUCAGCUAAAUUGUUUUAAUUGCUUGUAAUAAAAUUGCAUUUAACAGCUAACAUGAUACAUGAUUCCUUACAUAAGCACAGGCACAAGUGGUGUCCUUUGCGAUCAUGCUAACUAGGUUUGAUUUGAACUGGAUUAGAUAAUGUUUCCACAAGCACUUGGUGAUGGAUAAAAUUCAAUGUUAGACUUGGAUUGUCCCCCCCACCCUUUUCAUCCACCAAUAUGUCCAUAUUUCCAUGUUUUUGUUUAAAUGCUAUGGAUCUCCCAGAUGGCCAAGCCAUGUUUUUUAAAAACAGGCCUUUUUCACAGCAGACAUUUUGACUUGUCGCAGCAGGAAGAGCACAGAUGUUACUGAUAGCAUUAAAAAAUGGCUCUAGUAUAUUCAAGUGUCCCAGUAAGUCAUGAAGACAGCUAGCCUCAUCAUAUAUCCUAUUUACACCUGCAGUUUUUCUACUGUGACAUGUUAAAAGUGUCUCCUGUGAGAAACAACUUGUUUCAUAUCCCUGUCCAUUGCACGGUCUUAAAACCCAGUCUUAACAGAUCAAGGGAUUAAUAUGUUUCUUACCAGUACAAAUCUAAUAAUGAUAAAAGCAUAAAAUGGUGAGUUAACUGCCUAGGUUGUAUUUGCCAUUCAGUUAAACUAUGUUGUAUAAAAUUAAUUUUUGUUUUAUUGUGUUGAUUAAAUGAUCUGAUGGCAA